UAUUUGGUGUAAAAGAGCAGACCUUUAUGAGCUUUGUUAAGUGUGUGGGUCUGUGUGGGAGAAAAAUGAAUUUCAGUUAGGAGAAUCAUUCAAGAACCAUCACGUGGAAUUCAUAGACUCUCAGCUGUGUGGUCCUGCCAUGAUUUUUCCUGUAGUUAUUAUUCCUAAGAAGGGACAUUAUUGCAAGGCUUCCUAUGUAUGCUGGAGCGUUACAACAAGCCUAUAUGCUGAUGAAUCGUUGGAAUGAAUAAACAAAAGCCUUUUUAUAAACAAUCUGAACAGCAGAGACUGCCAGUGUGCAUGGUAGAUGCUGAAGAUCCAUAAAGAUAGACCCAUCAGUUUUCAACCUUUGGACUCACCAGUUAAUGUUUCACUAAUUACCAGUGCACUUGUACGACCCUCUAGCCCUAUCUGCUAAGGUGACGAGAUAUAAAGGGAAGAAUUUUUUUUCCCCCUCACAUUCUGACGGCACCAUGGGCAAGGGAUUUUAUGUCAGCACGCUUGUAUUAGCUGUUGCCAUCAUAUUCUCGGUGGCUGCUGUGUCUACUAUCAUAGCCCUUGCAGUUGUUUGCUCUCAAGAAAUGGCCAAAAAUAAUGAUGUUGCUAAGCCACCCGAAGGAACAACUACAUCUAGCACUAAGCCACCCGAAAAAACAACUACAUCUAGCACUAAGCCACCCAAUGAAACAACUAUAUCUAACAAUAGCACAUCAACAGCCACCACUGUGCAGUCCAAUGACCCUUGGAACAAGUACCGGCUUCCAAAAACCUUGACGCCUGUUCAUUACGAUAUUGAGCUUCAGCCAUUCUUGGAGAAAAAUGCAGCUGACCUUUAUGUGUUCCAUGGCAAAAGUACUGCCUUAUUCCUAUGUAACAAUGCCACUGACCUCAUCUUGAUCCACAGCAACAAACUUAACCACACCAAAUUUAAUAACUUUGAUGCCAAAUUAAUGGAUGGCUCCAGGGAAGUAGCUUUGAAGAACACCUUCUUUCAAAAAGACAAGCAAUUCUUGGUGGUACAGGUUGCUGAGACUCUGGAGGCUGGGAAACAGUAUGCUCUUUACACAGAGUUUGUUGGGGAGCUGGCAGAUGACUUGGCUGGAUUCUAUAGAAGUGAAUAUAGAGAACGCAAUGUAACCAAGAUCAUUGCGACAACUCAGAUGCAGGCUCCUGAUGCAAGGAAAGCUUUCCCCUGCUUUGACGAGCCAGCAAUGAAAGCUACUUUCAGCAUCACUCUGAAGUACAGGCAGCCUUACAAGGCCAUGUCCAACAUGCCAGAAAUCAGUAAAGAACUUGUAGUUGAAAAUGGACAACAAUGGAUGAUCUCAAAGUUUGACAAAAGUCCAAGGAUGUCCUCGUAUCUGGUGGCAUUCAUAGUGUCAGAAUUUGAGGCAGUUGGGAAUCCUGCCAAUGGUACCGUUACUGGGGUACAGAUCUGGGGUCGUAAACAAGCCAUCGUUGAAGAGAAGCAAGGGGAAUACGCUCUCAGAGUAACAAAGCCAAUCCUUGAAUUUUUUGAGGAAUAUUAUAAUACUCCCUACCCUCUACCAAAAUCAGAUCAGGUAGCACUGCCGGAUUUUAAUGCAGGAGCCAUGGAAAACUGGGGACUGGUGACAUACAGAGAAACAGCAUUGCUGUUCGACGAUCAAGUAUCAUCCAUUGGGAAUAAGGAGAGAGUAGUCACAGUAAUAGCCCAUGAGCUUGCCCAUCAGUGGUUUGGAAAUUUGGUGACCAUAAGGUGGUGGAAUGAUCUAUGGCUGAAUGAAGGUUUUGCCACCUAUGUUGAAUAUUUGGGUGCAGACAAAGCUGAGCCUGACUGGAACAUAAAAGACUUGAUAGUACUGAAUGAUGUGCACAGAGUCAUGGGUGUUGAUGCAUUGGCUUCCUCCCAUCCGCUCACAUCAAAGGAAGAAGAAGUGAACUCACCUUCUGAAAUUAGUGCCCUUUUUGACUCCAUCGCUUACAGCAAGGGUGCCUCUGUCAUCCGAAUGUUGUCUGAAUUUCUCACAGAGCCUCUGUUUGUUAAUGGAGUGGCGAGUUACCUUAAAGGGUUUGAAUACAACAACACUGUAUAUAGUGACCUUUGGGCACAUCUGCAAAAGGCUGUAGAUAGUCAGGUUAUAGUGAAACUUCCACUGACCAUCAACCAAAUCAUGGAUACGUGGGUCCUACAAAUGGGAUUCCCGGUGGUGAAAAUAGACACAGCAACUGGAACAGUUACCCAGAAACACUUCCUUCUUGAUCCUGACUCGGUGGUCACACGGCCAUCACCAUUUGGUUACAAAUGGAUUGUACCAAUCAGUUAUAAAACAUCCAGCAAAGUUGGCAACAACAUAUGGCUCCAAAAAGAAUCAGACACUGUUAAUGAUUUUAAAAUAACUGGAAGUGACUGGCUUCUGGUAAACCUAAAUGUCACCGGAUAUUACAGAGUGAAUUAUGAUGACAGCAACUGGAUCCGCCUAAUAACGCAGCUGCAAAGCGAUCAUCAAGCAGUUCCUGUUAUUAACCGUGCCCAGAUCAUUGAUGAUGCCUUUAAUUUAGCAAGGGCAAAACAACUAGGCAUAACAACAGCACUGGAUACCACUAAAUAUAUCUCUGCAGAUAGAGAGUACAUGCCAUGGCAAGCAGCUCUGAGCGGUCUCAGUUACUUUACACAGAUGUUUGAUCGAACAGAAACUUUUGGAUCAAUGAAGAAAUACAUGAAAAAGCAAGUCAAGCCAUUGUUUGAUUAUUUUGCGCAAGUGACAGGCAACUGGUCAACACGACCAGUAUCUCUCACUGAUCAGUACUGUGAAAUAAAUGCUCUCAGCAUUGCCUGUAGCUAUGACGUAGAAGAAUGCUUAAAGCUUGCCUCGGAUCUCUUCAAUGCAUGGAUGGCCUCCAAUUCAACAAACAACAUCCAUCCGAAUCUGAGGACAAACGUUUACUGCACUGCUAUAGCACAGGGAGGCGAAUUGGAGUGGGAUUUCGUGUGGGAGAAAUUAAAGCAGACCGAUAUUGCACAAGAAGCAGACAAACUAAGAACAGCUCUAGCCUGCAGCAAGGAGCCCUGGAUCCUCAACAGGCUGCUGGAAUACUCACUGGAUUCAACGAAGAUUCGCAGACAAGACGCAAUCUCCACCAUCAGCAGUGUUGUAAAUAACCCCAUUGGACAAAGUCUAGCCUGGGACUUUGUUAGAGCCAAUUGGAAGACACUCUUUUCUAUGUUUGGAGAGUCCUCUUUCUCUUUUGGGAACUUGAUUGAGAGGGUGACACGGAGAUUCUCUACUGAUUUUGAAUUGAAGCAGCUAUUGAAGUUUAAGACUGACAACCAGAAUCCUGGCUUUGGAACAGCAUCACAGGCUUUGGAACAAUCCAUUGAAAAAACCAAAGCAAACAUUAAUUGGGUAAAUGAGAACAAAGCGGCAGUAAAGAAAUGGUUUGAGGAUGCAGUAAGGAAGUCCGUGUGAAAGCCAAGGCUUCAAACGUGCGCUGCCCCCUGUUGGAAUGGUUUCUUCUCUCCAAUAGAUUGUCACACUGUGAGCCAGAUGCCUUAACUCCUGACAUGCUGCAUAGAUGAGAUAUACCUUGCCCAAUUCUGACACCUGCUACUUUUGCACAUAACUAUAUUCCCAUAUUCAUGGGCUUCUAUGAAUGAACUUUUAGUAGAGACUGGGAAGCUAAUAUACUGAUAUACAAUCUGAUAGGAAAGGCUUUAAUCAACGAUGGUAAGAAAUCGACUUUGCUGUGCUGCUCAGGGUUUUGUUGUUUAGUUUCACCUUAAAAGGGUCCAUGUCCAAUUGCAGGCCUUCAGCUUCUGUAUAUGACCACUGCCAGCUUCUCCCAUGAGUCAGUAGUUUACAGAUGCUGGAAACCUUAAACUUCACUUGAAUUGCCUUAAACUCACAUUACACAUCUUGUCACCUCAACUUUCUCAUUUAGACUUUCCUCUGCUAUCCCUUCCUAUUCUAAUUAAUAAGCAUUGCUUAACACACAGACACCAUUAUUGGAUAACACACUCCUGUCCAAGGUGAACAACAAAAUGCUACGUAUGACAAUAAUCCAAAGGGGCAAAUAACUUGGACCAUUUAUUUAUAGUUUUCCGAUCUCUGUGUAAAUCUUUUUGUAAAUAAUAAAGUAUAGACUUUUCAUACAAUGCUAAAUGAAGUACCUGGGAAAUGCAAUUAAGUGUCCAUAUCUUGUUGCGCAAAAUCCAAGAAUAAAAAUGGAUAUGGAGAAAAGAAA